UAUACCUCCAUUACAAACGUAUUCAUCAAUUUCACAUCUUAAUAUCUCCAGUGUGCAAGGUUGGAUAUUUAAAAAUUUACAUUGAGAAUGGCAGAUUCAUAUCAAGUCCUAGCUAUUUGUAUGUUACUGGUGGCAAUCAGCUGUGUUUCGCGCGCGCGUGAUUGUAUCCCUGUGCACGGAUAUGAGAGUUGCGCGUGCUAUUUUCCAGCAGUUAAUGACACAAGAGAAUAUGUCAACCUUCUACCAUUGAAGACAAAUUCGUCUUCUCCAAGGUUUACAAGUAAGACCGAGAACAAUUGGUACAUAUCUUACAGUCCGUGUGCUGAAUUCAGUGAGUUUGUUGGGGAAAACAGUACCAGCACUGUGUCUUGUUCUAAGACUUCGGUUGCCAGAUGGACUAACUUAUCCGCUCACCAGUGUGAUAGUUUGGGUGAUGAAGCCAGUGGAAAAUUUGAAAUGGAUGUUCACAAUGAGUUUGUCCAAUCAAAUCUUACCCUUAAAUUUCAGAAUUCCAAAAGUAAACAUAGGGCUGUGAUUUCAUUAAUCUGCAAUCAAUCUUUACCACAAAAUGAGGCGGUCUUUGAAUAUGUUGGCACCAGAAAUGUUCCAGUGGAUACAUAUUACUUAUCAUUGACCAGUGCUUGCUGUUGUCAAGGAAAAUGUGGAAUUCCUCCUGAAAUCCCUUACACAGCAAAAACACCCACCGGCUCGUCGUCUAAGUCUGGAGGCCUUAAAAGUUGGGAAAUAGCUGUGAUAACGAUUGGAGGUGUCCUUUUGUUGGUCUUGAUGGGGGGGAUGGAGGGGUGCAUUCAGGGCCCUGUCAGAAACCGGAAGACCGCAUGUUAGUAUACGAAUAAAAACUGGACAACAAAAGAUUUUGAGGGCAGCAAUCGAAGAAAAAAAGUCAAGGACAGGCACAGCCAGGAGGAGCAAAAAAAAAAAACAAAGGAGAAGAAGGUCGGAUAACCCACUAUUUUUGCAAUGUUUAGUAGAGCGGCUUGCAGUAUUUCUUAGUUUUUUCCCAUGAAUUGAAUCAUUUUGCAGCUCCAUGCCUGCAAUUUACAAUACGAUUACUAAUCUGUAAUUUAUGUUGUUUGCUGAGAAAAGAAGGAUCGAUAGUUCUGCAAGAAUGUAGAAUAUGGGCCCCAGUACCUUAAACCAUUUGUGGGGUCACCAAGGGUAAAUGAUUGAAGAGUGAUUUUUCUAUUAUAAUAAAAUAUGUACUUAUCGUUCAUCGUGGUGUAAGUUAGGAUAUUAACUUUGUUCGUUUGUCUCACGAUAGAGUCACGAAUGAUGUAGAUCGCGGUGUUUCGACUGCAAUACUGCUAGUCUACUGUUUCUUGAUCAACUGUUGAAACUUCUGAAACAGUACCCACUUUGACGUGCACUGCUGAUUUAAAAAAAAACACAUGCUAGCUAA